CCUGUACGGAAUACCAGACCAACCUGGUACAUGUACGAGCAGCGACUGCAUCCGCCUGUCCGUGCACGACAACAGAAUCUGGGGGGUUCUCUGUCACUCUCUCUCUCUUUCUUGGGUGAGAGUGAGACCUGGUCUGAGAAUCUGUAGCAGGAGUCGGGCGAGCUUUGUGGCGAAUGAGACUCAUUUGUCACUGCGCAGAGGCCGCUUGCAAGCAUUCAAUUCAAUACUGUAGAUGAUGGAUCCAGUCAAUCGUUUCCACUACGAGCACAUAGUAGAUACGAGUACAGUCAAUACAGUACAUAGGUACAGUAAGCGCAGAGCAACACAGCACAGCGCCGUACAGUGCGGAAUCGAAGCUGCAGUGCGGUCGCCACCGACCUGGCACGGUCCCCCCAGGCCCCCAUCGAACCACCACGCGGUGCCAGGACCAGCACCCUCGCCGUUGCGCUGCGUUGCGUUGGCACUCUCACGGUGCCACACUUGCACUCUUACGAGUACUCUUACAAAUGUCCCCCCUGGUACGUACCUGGUAUUACGCACAACAACCACAACCUGCACAACCGCCGCCGCCCGGAAAACCACACAGUGCACACCCUCUGUGCAGCCACGCACCCCCCCAGCGGCCCUAGGCCCAGUACGGCGCCCCGGCCAGGACCAGUAGCGCUGCUGCACGCCAGCCCAAUCGCUAGCUGGUGGCGAAGACGGCCUAUCCUGGCUCGCCGGAAUCUUAUUCGACAGGCUGUGCCCAAGUCUCUCUCGCGUCCCUCCAGGUCCCUCAACCAAACAAAAAGGCCGCUGCCAGCCCCCCAAGAGGUUCUGCCCUGCUCCUGCUUUUCUGCUUCCCACCCUUUCUAUUCUUUGUACCACCCGCCCCCAAACCCGAUCCCAUUCUGACUACCGCCAACUUACCAUCCAUUUACCACCUUCGACACCAAAAAAA